UGGAAACUGAGCCUUCUAGAGUGACUGACCCCCGUUAGGAGGACCCCAGCAGAGACUGUUUUCCUUCCGCUCCUCACUCCUUGAGGCCUGGCUGUUGGGAACUGGGAAGACUCUAGGAUGUGGAUGUGAGAAAGGUGAGCAAAGAAGGCAGAUGGCGACGAGGAGCAGCCCCAGCCCCAUGCCCGUGGGCACGGCUCAGGGUGAUCCUGGAGAGGCAGGAACACUGCCGGGUCCUGAUGCUGGCAUCCGGGAGACUGGGUCAGCCACUCAGCUGAAGUUGAAGCCCAAGAAAGUGCGCAAGAUCAAGGCACUCAUCGUUGACCUGGGCUCCCAGUACUGUAAGUGUGGCUACGCGGGGGAGCCGAGGCCCACCUACUUCAUCUCCUCCACUGUGGGCAAGCGCUACUCCGAGGCCGCCGAUGCUGGCGACACCCGCAAGGACACCUACGUGGGCCACGAGCUGCUCAACAUGGAGGCGCCCCUGAAGCUGAUGAACCCGCUCAAGUAUGGCAUUGUGGUGGACUGGGACUGCGUACAGAGCAUCUGGGAGUAUGUCUUCCACACGGCCAUGAAGAUCCCCCCCGAAGAGCACGCCGUGCUGGUCUCUGACCCCCCGCUCAGCCCCAGCAGCAACCGGGAGAAGUACGCAGAGCUCAUGUUCGAGACCUUUGGCAUCCCUGCCAUGCACGUGACGUCCCAGUCGCUGCUGUCCAUCUACUCGUACGGCAAGACCUCAGGCCUGGUCGUGGAGAGCGGGCACGGCGUCUCGCACGUGGUGCCCAUCUCGGAAGGAGAUGUGCUUCCGGGCCUGACGGGCCGCGCCGACUAUGCUGGGAGCGACCUCACCAACUACCUGCUGCAGCUGCUCAACGAGGCCGGCCACAAGUUCACGGACGACCACCUGCACAUCAUCGAGCACAUCAAGAAGAAGUGCUGCUACUCGGCACUCAUUCCUGAGCAAGAGCUCGGCCUGGGCCUGGAGGAGGUGCGCGUGGACUACAAGCUCCCCGACGGCCAGCUCAUCACCAUCGGCCAGGAACGCUUCCAGUGCGCCGAGAUGCUCUUCAAGCCCACCCUGGUGGGCAGCAACCAGCCGGGCCUCCCCAAGCUCACCGCCGCCUGCCUGGACCGCUGCCAGGAGGCAGGCUUCAAGGAGGAGAUGGCCGCCAACGUGCUGCUGUGUGGUGGCUGCACCAUGUUGGAAGGCUUCCCCGAGCGCUUCCAGAGGGAGCUGAACCUCCUCUGCCCCGGGGACAGCCCUGCAGUGGCCGCUGCUCCUGAGAGGAAGACCUCCGUGUGGACUGGCGGCUCCAUCCUGGCCUGCCUGCAGGCCUUCCAGCAGCUGUGGGUCAGCAAGGAAGAGUUUGAGGAGCGGGGCGGGGCGGCCAUCUACAGCAAGUGCUGAGCGGCGGUGCCCUGGUAGGCGAGGCCUGGCGGUCAGGUGGCCUCCGGCCACUCUAUACACAUUUACAGAAUUUCACAUAAAACUUUAAUGUGCACUG